UAAACUCCUCGGGGAAGUUUAGAGCAUUGCCUUGUUCAGAGCUCAAAGUGGACUUUCAGGCCCCACUUUUGCCUUGAGUGCUCCUUCCCAGGCGGACACUCGGACCUCAGGGGUAGCCUCCUCCCCCGGUGUUGCUAAAGAGCACUGGAGGGGGAAAUUUCUCCUGAGAGCGAGAGAUCUAUGGUAAUGUGGUUUUAGCUGGUGAGUCAUCACGCAUUCCACCUCACCAGGCAGCUGGCGCCAGGACUCAGGACUCAGACAAUAGAUGAUUUGCUGCGAUGUGGAAUUUGCUUUGAAUAUUUCAACAUUGCGAUGAUAAUUCCUCAAUGUUCACAUAACUAUUGUUCUCUCUGUAUAAGAAAAUUUCUGUCAUAUAAAACUCAGUGUCCAACUUGUUGUGUGCCAGUCACAGAGCCAGACCUGAAAAAUAACCGCCUAUUAGAUGAACUGGUAAAAAGCUUGAAACUUGCACGGAAUCAUCUGUUGCAGUUUGCUUUAGAGUCACCACCCCUAUCUCCUGCUUCUUUUUCCUCAAAGAAACUUGCUGUCAAAGUACAGAGUCCUGGAGCCUUCAGAGAAUCUUUGAAGCAGGGCAACAGGUUAAUGGACAAGUUUUUGAUCAGGGAAACUGGUGAUUCUACAUCAGAGUUGUUAAUAAAAGAAAAUGACCGCAAAGUCAGUCAUCAAAAAGAGACAAGCCCUUCUACAGAGACCAAAGAGACAGGUUUUGUAGAAAAGAUGACACUUGGUUCCUCAGAUGCUAAUAGACCUGAGAUACCCUCUACAUCCUCUUUGAAACAAGUUGCUAAAGUGGAUUGUCCUGUUUGUGGUGUUAACGUUCCAGAAAAUCACAUUAAUAAGCACUUAGACAGCUGUUUGUCACGUGACGAGAAGAAGGAGAGCCUCAGAAGUUCUGUUCAAAAAAGGAAGCAGCUGCCCAAAACUGUGUAUAACUUACUCUCUGAUCGUGAUUUAAAGAAAAAGCUGAAACAGCAUGGAUUAUCUAUUCAAGGAAAUAAACAGCAGCUCAUUAAAAGGCACCAAGAAUUUGUCCACAUGUAUAAUGCCCAAUGUGAUGCUUUGCAUCCUAAGACAGCUGCUGAGAUAGUCGAAGAAAUUGAAAACAUGGAGAAGACCAGGAUGCGUCUUGAAGCAAGUAAACUCAAUGAAAGUGCUAUGGUUUUUACAAAGGACCAAACAGAAGAGGAAAUAGAUGAAAUUCACAGUAAAUAUCGUAAAAAGCAUCAGAAUGAGUUUCAACUUCUGGUGGAUCAAGCCAAAAAAGGAUACAAGAAAACUGGUGGAAUGUCAAAAAACAAAGUAAUGAAAGAAGAAGAAUCUACGGGAAAGCUGUUAUCUGUAUGCAUGGGACCAAAAGAUGAUAAAAUGAAAUUCUCAGAUGUGACAUCAGAAGCAGACCAUUUUCACCCAUCAAAGCUGGUCUCUCCAAGCAAAUCCAAGGCCAAAAGAGCAGAUGAUUCUUCUAGUUGUACUGAUAUUCAAGAAGUGACUCUUUUCUCAUCAGAAUCAGAUUCCUGCAAUAGUUCCAGUUCAGACAUCAUAAGAGAUCUUCUGGAAGAAGAGGAAGCCUGGGAAGCAUCCCACAAAAAUGAUCUUCAAGACAUAGAUACAAGCCCAAGACAGAAUCGCCGCAUGAGAGCAGCUGAAAGUGCUGAGAUUGAACCAAGAAAUAAACGUAAUAGGAAUUAGGGGCCUUUUGCCACCUCUUUUAAUGCCACGAUCAGAAUAUGGUAGUUUUCAUUGCUGAAUGUAGAUUUCAUAUUUAUAAAUGACCAACGAAAGAUGCAAAAUUCUAAAUGUUAUGGUUAACUAAUUUUCAUUCUUUUCUAUCUUUUCGGAAAAGGAAAAGGUGAUAAAACAUUGUCACUUGGUCAGUUGCCUCCUGCCUCUUAACACAUUAACAUCCACUUGGUUCACCAGCUUUACUGAGUGGGCAAACUAUUUUGCAAAGAGAUUUGUUUGGUUUUUAAUUUCAGGAUAUCUAUAAGCCAUUCUCCUUUUCUUCCAUGGAGAAACCAGCUUUAGAAGAGGAUUCUUUUCCACCUCUCCACUAUAAGGAGUGGUUGAGUUAGGGAUAUCUGUGUUCUGCAUCACUUAUGUCCUCAGAGCGUGUGAGUGCCUGGGGCUAAGCUGCUCUGUGCCUAUCACAGCAGUUCUAUGACGGUGUCACCUGGGUUAGGGGGAGUUGUUUGUUAGACUUGUGUUUCACGUCACUGGAAAUAGGAUUCCAAUUUAAAGUCACAAAGUUAGUGUUAUAAUUUUUUUUAAAGUUACAAAAUUAGUAUUAUCAUUUUUUAAAGGUACAAAGUUAUAGUCUUUUAAAAGUUGUGUUAGUACUAUCAUUUUUUAAAAGUCAAAAAUAUUUAAAGUCACAAAGUCACAAUGACUUUUAAACAGUAGACAUUUUCUCCUGAAAUGAUACUUAAAAAUGACUACUAGCAUUUUUUAACUUGAGCCAAUGAAAUCUCUAACACUAUGAAUCACAGCUAUUAAAAUAUGCAAUAAAUGGAUUUGUAAAUGAACAGACUUACUCUAGGUCAAAUUGAAAUAAUGUCCUCAAAAUGGUACCCUGUGAAUAAUGGAGUACAGGCCAUAUAAACUGUUAACACACUGGU